AUGCCCCCUCCUAUUGUCCCUAAGACAAAGGCUCCCGCGACGAAAGCUCCAUCGGAUUCAGACGACGGUGAAGUUACUCAAACGUCCCAGCAGGAGUCGAAUGCUGGCAGUGGUAGCGACGAAACCCAGAGCUCUAAACACGGAGACAAGGAGACCCCGUCGCCCACCAUGCCUUCAGUCAUUCAUCCGGCGACGAAGGCUCCCGAGACUACAGCUCCAGUCAGCGAGGAUUCCGAUUCCUCAAGCGGUAGCGAUGCCGGUCAAAAGACCCACGUUAAGUCGCAUUCCAAAACUGUGAGCGACACGGACACAGAGUCUCCGACAAUGCCUCCUCCUGUUCCCCCCGCGACAAAGGCCCCGGCUACGACGGCUCCCCCGACCGAGCAGCAGUCACGCGACGACGAUACGAUUCAAGUAUCGAGUUAUUCGACACUAGAUGCCGACAAUGUGGCUGCUGAACACGAUUCGGGUGCUAAACAGACCGAGGGAACGGUUGUUGAUAAGCCCGUGGGGGCUCCAAACUGCGUGAUGUAGUUCGCAACGGAAAUCACGAAUAACGGUUGAUGUUUUGAAGAUAGAGGACCAGCUACGUUGGUUUUAAGUAAGCAAUCUAGAGAUAUAAUUUGCAUGGGCAUUCGAGCAC